AGCAAAGCGACGGGAAGUGUUUGAGCCGGAUCGGCCCCAGCUGGUGGGCGAGGGAAAGCGGGUGAACUGCAAGGUGUCCGGAGGCAGCUGCCGAGAUGGCGCAGUGGAACCAACUGCAGCAGCUGGACACGCGGUAUUUGGAGCAGCUCCACCAGCUGUACAGCGACAGCUUCCCCAUGGAACUGCGGCAGUUCCUCGCCCCCUGGAUAGAGAGUCAGGACUGGGCCUACGCUGCCAGCAAGGAGUCCCACGCCACACUGGUAUUCCACAACCUCCUGGGUGAAAUCGACCAGCAGUACAGCCGCUUCCUACAGGAAUCCAAUGUCCUCUACCAGCACAACCUACGGCGAAUCAAGCAGUUCUUACAGAGCAGGUACCUGGAGAAGCCGAUGGAGAUUGCCCGCAUCGUCGCCCGCUGCCUCUGGGAGGAGACGCGGCUCCUGCAGACAGCAGCCACAGCGGCACAGCAAGGGGGACAGGCAAACCAUCCUACAGCUGCCGUGGUAACAGAGAAGCAACAGAUGCUGGAACAACACUUGCAGGAUGUGAGGAAGAGGGUCCAGGACCUGGAGCAGAAGAUGAAAGUGGUGGAAAACCUUCAGGACGACUUUGACUUCAACUACAAGACCCUGAAGAGCCAAGGCGACAUGCAAGAUCUGAAUGGGAACAACCAGUCGGUGACACGGCAGAAGAUGCAGCAGCUGGAGCAGAUGUUGACAGCUCUGGAUCAAAUGCGGCGGGGAAUUGUCAGUGAGCUGGCUGGCCUCUUGUCAGCCAUGGAGUACGUACAGAAGACUUUGGUGGACGAGGAGCUGGCUGACUGGAAGAGACGGCAGCAGAUCGCCUGUAUUGGCGGCCCGCCCAACAUCUGCCUCGAUCGCCUCGAGAACUGGAUAACGUCCCUGGCAGAGUCGCAGCUGCAGACACGUCAACAGAUCAAGAAGCUCGAGGAGCUUCAGCAGAAGGUCUCCUACAAGGGUGACCCCAUCGUUCAGCACCGGCCCUUGCUGGAGGAGCGCAUCGUGGAGUUGUUCAGAAACCUCAUGAAAAGUGCAUUUGUGGUGGAGAGGCAGCCCUGUAUGCCGAUGCACCCCGAUCGGCCACUGGUGAUCAAAACGGGAGUACAGUUCACAACGAAAGUGCGGUUAUUAGUCAAGUUUCCUGAGCUGAACUACCAGCUGAAAAUCAAAGUCUGCAUCGACAAGGAUUCCGGUGAAGUCGCUGCACUCCGCGGGUCUCGGAAAUUUAACAUCCUGGGCACAAACACCAAGGUGAUGAACAUGGAGGAGUCUAACAAUGGAAGCUUGUCUGCAGAAUUCAAGCAUCUGACGCUGCGGGAGCAGAGGUGCGGUAAUGGAGGAAGAGCAAACUGCGAUGCUUCUCUGAUAGUCACGGAGGAGCUCCAUCUCAUCACCUUCGAGACAGAAGUUUACCACCAGGGCCUGAAGAUUGACUUAGAGACCCACUCGCUUCCCGUGGUGGUGAUCUCCAACAUUUGCCAGAUGCCGAAUGCCUGGGCGUCCAUCUUGUGGUACAACAUGCUGACAAACAACCCCAAGAACGUAAACUUCUUCACCAAGCCGCCGAUCGGCACGUGGGACCAGGUGGCCGAAGUGCUCAGCUGGCAGUUCUCCUCCACCACCAAGCGAGGGCUCAGUAUAGAGCAGCUGACGACGCUCGCCGAGAAACUACUGGGGCCGGGCGUCAAUUACUCCGGGUGUCAGAUAACAUGGGCAAAGUUCUGCAAGGAGAACAUGGCAGGCAAAGGCUUUUCUUUCUGGGUCUGGCUGGAUAACAUCAUUGACCUGGUGAAGAAGUACAUCUUGGCCCUCUGGAAUGAAGGGUACAUCAUGGGUUUCAUCAGCAAAGAGCGCGAGAGGGCCAUCCUGAGCACGAAGCCCCCGGGCACCUUCCUGCUGCGUUUCAGUGAGAGCAGCAAGGAAGGUGGGAUCACCUUCACGUGGGUGGAAAAGGACAUCAGUGGGAAGACGCAAAUCCAGUCUGUGGAGCCGUACACCAAGCAGCAGCUCAACAGCAUGUCCUUUGCCGAGAUCAUCAUGGGCUACAAGAUCAUGGAUGCCACCAACAUUCUGGUUUCCCCACUUGUUUACUUGUAUCCUGAUAUCCCCAAAGAAGAGGCCUUCGGAAAAUACUGCCGUCCCGAGAGCCAGGAGCACCCUGAAGCUACCGACCCAGGUAGCACUGCUCCCUACCUAAAGACCAAGUUCAUCUGCGUGACCCCGACAACUUGCAGUAGCACCAUUGAGCUGCCCAUGUCUCCCCGCACCCUCGAGUCUCUGAUCCAUUUCGGCAAUAAUGGCGAAGCAGCAGAGGGAAAUGCCAGCGGCCAGUUUGAAUCCUUGCAGUUCGACAUGGAGCUGACCCCUGAGUGCGCCUCCUCACCCAUGUGACCAGCCCCGCCUAAUCAGCUGAUCGUUUCUGGCUUCCUGGCAUGAAACAGCUCCUCCUCCUGCACAGUCAUGGAACCCAACCAAACAGCCACCGACUUGGCAAGAGGCACGUGGUCGUCGGUUCUCCUCUGGCCACCUUGAGCAUACCAUGGCUGGGAGCUCCUUGCCUGACUAGAGGGGAGAGUCCUGUUUUUAGUUUUUGAAAGAUUUAUUUUUCCGUAUGUAUAAAGGUAUUUGUUUAAGGAGUCUCUUUGUGUACGUGUUUUGGUAGACCAAGUGCCUCUUUGCAACCACUCUUCAGUUGUAUCUCUUGGCUUCUUGUACACAUUUGUUGCAUGCCACAAAAACACUGCUUCUCUGGCUCUUGCUAACAUCCAAGCAUAUGCAGUAACAAAGAGACUGAGUCUUCUUAAUGCACAAGUCGGAUCCCCCCCCCCCCAACAAGUUGUUGGGAAGGCAGAUGGGAGGGCAUUUUUUUAUUCCCUGGUAAAGAUCUAUUUUGAGUUUGCCCUGCCUUCUGCUUUGUUAAGUGGUGCAAAACGAAACAUUUUUUUAAAGUAGUACAACAGCCCUGUGAAGUAGGCAGUUGUUCUCAGGCAAUCCUGGCAGCCUGGUCACCUGACUACCUUGCACUUUGAUGCCUGUGCCUGGAGCUCCACACUCCCUGAGUGUUCCAAUCUUAAUGAUGGGGGGGGGAUCGAAAGAGUAAUGUUCUCUCUGGGCUGUGCAGUAUAACUGUGUCAGAGGUGGGAUUUGAAUCUGGGUCAUCCAGACCAAAGUCACUUUCUUUCUCCACAGUUCUUCUUGUGCUGUAGGGCUGGGAAUUAUUUGCUCUCAGCUCCUAAGGCCCCCAGUCCCAAAUAAGGCAGGAUUCUCUGAAUUAACAGCUCAGCUGUUUGCCUUCUGUUGCCAGUCCCAGUAUCCCAGAUUUGGACGGCACAGGCUGGUCAGGUCUUGGAAGCUAAGUAGGGUCGAUCCUGGUUAGUACUUGGAUGGGAGACCACCCAGGAAGUCCAGGGUCACCAUGCAGAGGCAGGUAAUGGCCAACCACCUCUGUUCUUCUCUUGCCUUGAAAACCCCAUGAGGGGUUGCAAUAAGAAAGGUGUAACUCAAGGGCGCUUUCGGCCACCGUUCUGUGUGUCAGGAGUAGAUCUUUGAAAUGGUGGGGUUUUUUGGGGGGGAAAUGGAACCCAAAGAGCCAGUUUCAUCCGCUUCAUUGCAUGGACUGGGCCAUUGUUUUCUCCUUGCGAGAUCCUUGUAUUCUGAUCUGUAGCGAAAGGCACACUCUGCGUCAGUCUCAUCCGCGUUCUCGGUGCCCUCUCUGUGCCUCUUGCUGUGGAUUUGUGGCUUACCCCGGCAGUACGUGGUGCCCUCUGCUUGGCUGGGAUGUUGGCACUCCAGUGCAGGACAAGAAAGUUCCAGUGAUGCUGAGCAGCUGGUUGCAAAUUUCAGCGGUGGGACUUGCUUACUCUCUCCCUGCAGCGGCAAGAGAAAGCAGCGGGAUGAGUUCUCCAGUAUUAGUUAGAGGAGGCUGGACAGGAGGUAGAAGAGGUUGUAGCCAAAGCUUUUUAGGUUAACCUGUUCCCUACUGGGAUGUUUGCCAUUAGAGGGACGGGAUUGUCUCCCUUUUUUUGUAAUGCCAAACUAGAAGCAUUCGGACCAGAGCAAAGCUGCCCUGGUUUCUUCUAACCAAAUAGCUUGUUCAUGCCACUCUGCGCCUUAUUAUCAAGCAGACCCUCUCUCCUUCUCCCCCCCCCCUAUGCUGUCUAGACCAUAAAGGUUUUAACCUUUUUUGUAUAUUUUAUUGCUGUAUCUACAAGCUUCGACUUUCUCUAAAAUAAAUGUUCCAAUGGCACCUUUU